AUGUCUAGACAUAAAAAGAAUGGUAAAUCCAUUAUCCAGAAAUAUAUACCAAAUCCUGGGAGUAGUGAAGAACGAAGUUCAAUUUCACAAAAAAUAAUUGAUGAUGACUUUGAUGAUUAUAACAUAACAGAUAAAGAUAAUAAUAGUCAGUCAGCUUCUACGCUGAUUCCAAAACCUUCUAAUGGGUUAAGUCGAUUUGCAAAUUUGCAUUUAAAACUAAAUUUAGAAAAAAGUGAUAACAACCGUCAUCAAAAUAGUAUAAAUACUAAAGAUGUUAAAAUGAAAAGUUCAAUCAACAAUAAGAAUAAUAGAAAGAAUUAUACAACAAAAGAUCAUAGAAAUUCUGAUACAGAGAGUUUUGAUAUUUAUAUUAAAGAGCCUAAACUGAUUGUAAUAAUCGUUUCCUUUAAAGAUGUACCUGAUCAUAUGAAAACACCAGGAAAACAACUGAAAGAACAUGAAGAUAUAUUGUCACUUGAUUCAGAUUACCAAGAUUUAGAACCUUUCAAAAGUACUCUUAUUUCUGAUUCUGAAGGGUUGACAUCUCAGGAAAUAACUAAGUCCGGUAAAUCCCAAUCGUUAAUACAAACAUCAAAAAAAUCUUCAGUACAGAAUGGUUAUAAGGCCAGAGAAACUGUACCUCGUAGAUCCCUUCAAAAUAAGAAUAAUAUAGGGCCUGAAACAAUGAAUCCAACCGAGAAAGAUCCUAUCCAACCUGUCAAGAAAAGACGAUACAAUAAGCGAAAAUAA